CGCGGGUGGAGGAAGAUGGCGUCGGGUGGUGGUGGCUGUAGCGCUUCGGAGAGACUCCCACCGCCCUUCCCCGGCCUGGAGCCGGAGUCCGAGGGAGCAGCCGGGGGGUCAGAUCCCGAGGUUGAGGACAGUGAUACCGAGGGGGAGGAUAUUUUCACCGGCGCCGCGGCGACCAGUAAGCCCCAGUCUCCAAAGAGAAUUACUGCCCUCCUUCCCUUCAAUAAUGGCUCCAAAGAAAAUGGGAUUCAUGAGGAACAAGACCAAGAGCCACAAGAUCUCUUUGCAGAUGCCACAGUGGAACUGUCCCUCGACAGCACACAAAAUAAUCAGAAGAAGGUGCCAGCCAAAACGCUUAUUUCUCAUCUUCCACAGGAAGCCACAAAUUCUAAGUCCCAACCAAGCUAUGAGGAGCUAGAGGAAGAAGAACAGGAAGAUCAGUUUGAUUUGACAGUUGGUAUAACUGAUCCUGAGAAGAUAGGAGAUGGUAUGAACGCCUAUGUAGCCUACAAAGUGACAACACAGACAAGCUUACCAAUGUUCAGAAGUAAACAAUUUGCAGUGAAAAGAAGAUUUAGUGACUUUCUGGGUCUUUAUGAGAAGCUUUCAGAGAAACAUUCUCAGAAUGGCUUUAUUGUCCCUCCUCCACCAGAGAAGAGCCUAAUAGGAAUGACAAAAGUGAAAGUUGGAAAAGAAGAUUCUUCUUCUGCAGAAUUUCUUGAAAAACGAAGGGCUGCUCUAGAAAGGUACCUUCAAAGGAUUGUGAAUCAUCCUACCAUGUUACAAGACCCUGAUGUCAGAGAGUUCUUGGAAAAAGAAGAGCUGCCACGCGCCGUGGGUACUCAGACAUUGAGUGGCGCUGGUCUCCUGAAGAUGUUCAACAAAGCCACAGAUGCAGUCAGCAAAAUGACCAUCAAGAUGAAUGAAUCAGACAUUUGGUUUGAGGAAAAACUCCAGGAGGUAGAGUGUGAGGAGCAGCGCUUACGGAAACUGCAUGCUGUUGUAGAAACUCUGGUCAACCAUAGGAAAGAGCUAGCAUUGAACACAGCUCAGUUUGCAAAGAGUCUAGCCAUGCUUGGGAGCUCUGAGGACAACACAGCAUUGUCACGGGCACUCUCUCAGCUGGCUGAGGUGGAAGAAAAAAUUGAGCAGCUCCACCAGGAACAGGCCAACAAUGACUUCUUCCUCCUUGCUGAACUCCUGAGUGACUACAUUCGCCUCCUGGCCAUAGUCCGAGCUGCUUUUGACCAACGCAUGAAGACAUGGCAGCGCUGGCAAGAUGCUCAGGCCACACUGCAGAAGAAGCGAGAGGCUGAGGCUCGGCUGCUAUGGGCCAAUAAGCCUGACAAGCUGCAACAAGCCAAGGAUGAAAUUGUAGAGUGGGAGUCUCGAGUAACUCAGUAUGAAAGGGACUUUGAAAGAAUUUCAACUGUGGUCCGAAAAGAAGUGAUACGAUUUGAGAAAGAGAAAUCAAAGGACUUCAAAAACCACGUGAUCAAGUACCUUGAGACACUCCUGUAUUCACAGCAGCAGCUGGCAAAGUACUGGGAAGCCUUCCUACCUGAGGCAAAGGCCAUCUCCUAAUGGACCAAGGACACCAGAGCCCACCUGCCUGACGCUGCCUUUUUAUACACUGUCCACUUCCACCCCUGCUGGACCCCAGUGAUGCAUCCUGCCUAGCCUGGACUCCACCCUUUGCUCCUUGCCCCACAACCAAGUUGUCCCAGUCACUCUAACCAUUACUUCAUGUAGCUUCUAUAUAUAUUUUCUUACCUGAGAGAAUAGUUUCUUGCUUUAAGCGGAAGACCUACAAUAGGUGGUGGAAUUAUGAGAUUGGGUGGAGUAUUGAUAUAAAUAUAUAAAUACAAAUGUAUAUUUUUCAGGAUGUGGUUAGGAACUGGGAAUAACGUUUUCUGUUACUCCUGAUGGUGCCAUGAAAAGAUUGUGUAAUAAAAUAUUUUUAAAUCAGG